AACAAAUAUGACAGGAGUAAUAUCCUCCGUCCGAUACUUUUACAUCCCUGCUGCAGCCAUGGCGACGACCACCGCCGCGCCGGGCCUCGCCGUCGCCGCGACCGAUCCCAUCCGCUUCUUCCUCUCCUCCGCCGCCGCCUCGGGCGACCUCGACGCCGACCUCCGGGAGCUCGCGUCCGCGCUCUCGUCGGAGUCUGACGUCCCCUACCGCUCCCUCCGCGCCAUCUGGUGCGCCGCCUCGCCAGACGCCCGCCCGCCCCUCCGCAGCCUCCUCCGCGGCGCUGACUUCGUGCUUCCCAGCCCCAAGCCUCGCGAGAAGAGCGAUGAGCUCAAGGCGAGGCUGGAGAAGCUCCGGGAGAUGCAGGAGAGAAAGGAGUACGCCGAGCUAGUCAGGGACGUUGCGCCUCCCAGCAGGGAGGACAGCCCUGAGCCCUUCUCAUCCUACAAGGAUCAGAUCGGAUUCGGUCUGCAUGUCGUUGUUAUAAUGUUUACAGGUUAUUUGGUCGGAUUUGCCAUGUUCAGAGCUCUGUUCAACAAUAGCCCUGUAUUUAAUGCUGCUGGAGGUAUCUUGGGAUCAGUUGGUGGAAUGCUGGUGGAGACCAUCCUUUUCAUCAUCAGAUCAUCAAGUAAAGAGUUGGCGUCUUCUGUUCCAACAUCAAAGAAAGUUCAGUAGGCACUUGAAGUGCCCUCAUCAGUUGGGGGGGUGGGGGGGGGGGGGGGUGAUGAUAGGCCUUACCUUUUGAAGCUCGUGGAUCAUUUGUUUGAGUUCAAAAGAUGCAAUUCAUGGAAUACGUGCAGUUGACAUCCAGUUUGAGUUUGUAUCAGGAAGGAAUAUGACAGGGGGAUAUGAUUUCGUUGUUUUUAGUUGUCCAGGAGUUUGUACCUCGCCCAGUGACUGGCUUGCUGAUCAUUUAAGAGCAUGCUCCCAUGCUGCGUCUGCAUAUAUGUAAAUGUAAAAACUACAUGCAAGAGGCUGAUAUGUUUGAGUUACAUGUCACUAUUGAGUAUAUUAGGUAGAUAUUUUUCAGUUACAUAUACAAGAAAUUAUUUUUGGGUAUUACAUUUGGUAUUAUGGAUCUUCA